AACCCGCACGGCUACCUCGCUGGGGACGAGUACUACGUCAAAAGAGCGUAUGGCUGGCUCGCGGUGGUCUACGGCGUGCUGGCCCUCGUCUGGGCCGUCCUCAUGCUGCGGUGGUACACCGAGACGGCCGACAUCCACAAGGGCAUCUUCAUGGUGAUCGGCAUAGGCCUGGCCCAGAUGGCGGCGCUGUGGUGGUCGCUCUCCGACGCCAACGCCUCCGGCGUCCGCCCGGCCACCAUGGCCUGCAUCGCUGACGUCCUCUCGGUCGUGAAGGAAAUCGUGUCCUACGUGCUGCUCAUAGCGAUCUCCAAGGGCUGGGGCGUGAUGCAGGAGGAGCUCGCAGACUGCACCACGCGAUGCAGACUCCAUGUGGUGUCCAUGCUGUUCCUGCCGGCGCUCUACUUCGCACGCAGCGUCUUGACUUACAGGCACAGCCAAAGGUUCUCCGAGUCCCUCAUGUACGGCGGCGUGCUUGUGGUGGUCGUGGUGAACGCCAUCGUGCUCUUCUGGGUGUUCAGACACCUGAGCGAGACCACCGUCUUAACGAAACAGAGAAACAUGGAG